AUGUUUGUUUUCAGAAGAGGCCUUAUAGCCGAGCCAAGUUUGGCUAUUCGGUGUCUCACACGUCAAUUCAGACAGCCUCAUACUAAGGCUUGUCUUGCAGGUAGAAUUGUUCGUCCAUAUGAAUUUCAUGGUGGAUCCAGCUUCAGGUUUCUUUCCACGGAGUCAUCUAAGGCUGCAUCUACGAAACCAUUAAAGACUACAUUCACUAGGCCGUCUAAGGGGCCUCUAAAGCACGCAAAUUUGGUCGGCAAUGCUACUCAUACGAUGGCUCCUAAUGUCGAAGAGCCUGAGCCAGAAUCGGAAAGACAGAUUCUUAAGGAUCUGCUUUUGUACAUCUGGCCGAAGGAGAAUAUGAGCGUGAAAGUUAGAGUCGUCUUAGCCUUAUCGUUGUUAAUUGCUGGUAAACUACUGAAUGUGGAGGUACCAUUCUUCUUCAAGCGUAUCAUCGACGAUAUGAAUGUUGAUUGGUCUACCACGGGUGGUAUGCUGACAACUUCAAUUAUCGCCUGUAUUUUUGCCUAUGGGGGUGCCAGAUUUGGUGCCAUGCUAUUUGACCAGCUCAGAAAUGCCAUCUUUGCAAAAGUCGCUCAAGGUGCCAUCAUGAGUGUGGCCCAUAACACCUUUAAGCAUCUUCUCGAGUUGGAUUUGAACUUCCACUUGUCCCGGCAGACUGGUGGUUUAACUAGGGCAAUUGACAGAGGUACUAAAGGUAUUGCCUAUGUUCUUUCUGCCAUGGUGUUCCGUAUUUUACCCAUUACUUUCGAGAUUUCCGUCGUUAGUGGUGUCUUGACUUACAACUACGGUGCCUCCUUUGCCGGCGUUACCUUGUUAACUGUUUUGGCUUACUCCCUAUUUACUAUCAGGACAACUGCCUGGAGAACCAAGUUCAGAAAACAUGCCAACAAGGCUGAUCAGAGAGCUGCCAGUGUGGCCUUAGACUCGUUGAUUAACUAUGAGUCUGUGAAGUACUUCAACAAUGAGGCCUUCCAAUCUGCCCGUUAUGAUUCGGCGUUGGAGAAUUACAGAGAAUCCAGCAUCAAAGUUGCCACCUCUUUGGCCUACUUGAAUUCUGGGCAGAACUUCAUCUUCACUACUGCUCUUACCGUAAUGAUGUACAUGGGUUGUCAAGGUGUUGCUGCCGGAACCCUCACUGUUGGUGAUUUGGUUCUUAUUAACCAGCUUGUCUUUCAGCUUUCUGUGCCUCUCAAUUUCCUUGGUUCCGUGUAUCGUGACUUGAAACAGUCUCUAAUUGAUAUGGAGUCCCUUUUCAUGCUUCAAAAAUACGAGAUCAAGGUCCAGUCAAAACCUAAUGCUCCUCCUUUGAAGUUAAAUCGGGGUGGUGAGGUCACUUUCGAUCAUGUCACCUUUGGUUACCAUCCUGAUAGACCUAUCUUGAAAGAUUGCUCGUUUACCAUACCUGCAGGCCAAAAGGUGGCCAUUGUGGGACCUUCUGGCUCCGGUAAAUCCACCAUUUUAAGACUUGUUUUCCGCUUUUACGAUAUCUCUGCUGGUAGAAUUCUUAUCGACGGUCAGGAUAUUAGAGAUGUAGAUUUAGAUAGUCUUCGAAGAGCUAUCGGAGUGGUGCCUCAAGAUAAUCCUCUCUUCAAUGAGACCAUUAUGGAAAAUCUACGUUAUGGUAAGCUUACCGCUUCUGAUAAUGAGGUCAAUGAGGUGCUAUACAAAGUCAAACUUGAUGAAUUGGUUAAAGACUUACCCGAUGGUGUCAAUACUCUUGUCGGUGAAAGAGGUCUUAUGAUUUCCGGUGGAGAGAAGCAGAGACUUGCCAUGGGUAGACUUCUACUUAAGGACGCCCCAAUUACCUUCUUUGACGAGGCUACUUCUGCUUUGGAUACCCAUACUGAGCAGGCCCUAUUGAAAACGAUUCAUGAGUUGUUCAGAGAGGGUGGAAAAACAAAUGUUAGUAUUGCUCACAGGUUGAGGACUAUAGCUGACGCAGAUAAGAUUAUCGUUUUGAAAGACGGUAAAGUCUUGGAAGAAGGUACUCAUUACAGCUUACUUCAGGAUGACUCCUCUUUAUACAAGGAGCUUUGGGACAUCCAAGAAAAUCUUGACAUUGAGGAGCAGUUGAAUGACAUGAAUAAAGAGGAUAAGAACAAAUCCAACAAGAAUUGA